AAAGCUCCGUGAUAUGGAGAACCCAGAAGAUGAAUUGGCACACUCCCUGAAACUGGGAAUAAUUGAUGGUUGCAAACAAGCAUGUCUAUGAUCCCACAAAGGCAACCUAUACAUGUACAUGGAAAGACUAGCCUCGUGUGCGCUGUGGCUAAUUAAGUACACGUACCGCUGGGUUAACGGUGGAUAAAUACACUCUAAAGGUGGACCCAAAAAGGUGAAGAGUGCCUCAGGCUAUAAUGGUGUCUAUUGUACCCAAGAUUGGAUGAAAUCCUUGAGCCCACGCGACCUGAGUUAUUAUGGGUGAAUACGAGUGCUUCAGGGUACCCUUACCUUUGCAGAGUUUGUUGUUCUUAGUUUUCUGUUCAAUCAGCGGUGAUAUUCCGGUGCCCACGUGAGCUUCCCGUGAGUGACACUUUUGGGGAACUUUGGCGGUCACCGAAUUUAGAUAAACAUCCUUUUGUGAUCGGUCCAGGAGUAAUCCCCCUGGCCCAUUGCCCAUUCAUAUGCAAAUGAACUCACGCGACAGGACGCUACAAGACUUUAAUGAGCUUCGUGUUCUAUUCAGGACCGCACGAGCCGUAUCGUAGAGGGGUGCAGGGUUUUCAAUGAAGGGGUACAUGUGGGUGGGACUUAUUUCGGUGGGGAUCGACAUCAAACUAUAUAGGCACUGAGUUACCCCUCGUGGGCCAAACUGACUCCCGUACAACCGUUAGUAGACCUGACUCAGCCUCUUACCAACUUUUUCCAAAAACUUUAUCGCGAGUCUGAUUUGUUUUGGGUGAAAUUUGAUCAGUUUUUGAGAAAACUCCUCCGAAAACAUUUGGACGCCCAAAAAAUCGGAACAGCAUGGAAAACUCGCAGAAAAUUCUUCAGCAGGCGGUACAGCAGCUGGUUAGCGAAGUCAACUCGACGCUCCCCAAGCGAGUCACAAAGAGGCGGCUAGACCGGUCAGACCCGUCCCAGCCGGAGCUCGUGCGAUGCAAGCGGCGAAUUCACUUCAACUAUUUGCAGCAAACUCCACCGGUGGCCGUGGCUCGCCGCAACGAGAGGGAGAGGAACCGAGUCAAGCUGGUCAACCUGGGAUUCGCCAGUCUCCGUCAGCAGCUGCCAAACGGCGCGGCCAAUAAGAAGAUGAGCAAAGUGGAGACGCUCCGCUCUGCCGUGGACUAUAUCAAGCAGCUGCAGGAACUCUUGGACGAGACUGACGCCGUCAACGCCGUCUUCAACGGCUCGCUCUCGCCGACCUGCUCGCUGACGAGUAGUUCUCCGUCACCCAGCUAUUCCCCGGAUUCCUCGGGAAGUGAGGUGCUCACGCCGGAGGAGGAGGAACUUGUCAAUUUCACAGACUGGUUUACGACGGCUUGAUCUUGCUGAACAACGCCCUGAUGUAAAUGUUUAUAAAGGAGAGGGCGUGGCCGGCUGGAGAUGUGACCAAUGACAUCCCUCGACGUGUCUGCGUCAGGCGCACCGGUCUGCCAAUCAAAAAGGGGGGACCGAGUAAAGGGGGCGACCGUCGAGGACACACGCCAACCGAACCCCUAAAAAGAACAAAAUCCUUGCACCGUACGGGAAACGGCCGCUACGAACAAAGAAAAAUCCACCGGGAGCGCGUGGAGUGAAUCACGGGGCCAGCCCGGUGCAAUGCACCGCUCAUGAUUGUGCUGGUAUCAACGGGCAGGCACGGCGGACGGAGCUUCAGAUAUUGACAUGUAUUCAGCGGGCCACUUCUUCUAGAAAAGAUAGGCUCAAUUUUUAAAAGUAAGAUCUUCCAAAGGGACUUCUUUAGCAUUGCUUUCUUCAGCUCCUUCGUCGGUGUCUCUCGUUUCUGCCGAACUUUUUCUGUAAUUAUAGUUUUCAAGAAUGUAGAAUUGCAAAAUCAAGGGACCAAACAUUUGGACAAACUUUCUUACAUAAUUUAGCGUUGUUUGACGAGUUUACUAAAAUGAUUCAAAUUCCACACAAUCUCAAAUUGUUAACUAUUACGUCUGCUCGAUUAGUUAAUUCUACUUCUUGUAAAAAAAAUGGGAUAAUUUAUAAAGUGCCUGUUACUUAUCUUGCGUUCUUUGCGUGCCUUCCAAUAUCUGUAAAUAUCAUAAAAGUUGUAUAAAUAUUAUUUUGUACAGAGAGAGCUUCAUACUUGUAAAAGAAAAGUCAUAAUUGUAUUGUUUUAUUUGUAUCGGAAAUCAAAAAAAGUUUCUGAUUUGACCACGCUCGGAGAAAUUCAUGGUCGCGUUAGCCGCUGUAUCAGCAUUUUAGUCGGUUGUAGAGUAAUCGUAUUGAGCAUUUGCAUUUUUUUGUUAAAAAAAUUGCUUUACAUGAAAUAUUUUUCUAUAUUACAUAAUAUAUUCAUAAUUUUUCAGUAGGAAUUCACAAGAAUUAGCAAGAUUUCAUUUUUGAUUGAGACAUUUUCAUUUGUGAAUUCUACAAUAACUGCCGAUUCUACAAUAUGUUCACAUUAUAGGAGUUUGAUGUUUUUAUUGUUCACAUUUCUUUCAAAAAGAAAUAAAUUAACUAAAAAGAGACGAUUCCUACUUAAACUUGGUAAAAAGGCAACUCUUUAGAACUCGGUGCUCUACCAUUUAGUGUGCUACCCCCAAAUUAUAUAAUGUAUGCUGCGAUUCAUUUUAGUAUUUGCAUUUGACAAUAUACGAAACUGUAUUCAGGCUUGGGGAAAUUCUAAUUCUAAUUCUAAAUUGCUUUUUUUUAGUUUGGGUAUUCAUUUGAGAGAGAAUUUUGUCAAUGACUUCAUGUCAAAUGAUGUUGUCGUCGCUUGCGAUACUUGUGUAUUCAUUUUGUGACUUAAAUAACAAUAAUGUAUGUGACAAAUUUAAAGUUAAUAUACAACAUUUGCUUUUGCUGUAAUUUUCAGAAAUGGACGGAUUUGGUUUUUAGUAUUUUAUAGCAAAUAUUAUUACACUAACCUGCUUAAAGUUUUGUAUUCAUGGAUGCUGGCAAAACGAAGAAAAAAUGCUGUUCUUGUAGUCUGAUUCCCUGACCCUACUUCAGACGAAACAGAGCAAUUUAUAGACAUCAGGUCAGGGAACCAGACUAGCUGGCUUGCACCCGUUCACGGAUGUGUAACCGGUUGCAAACAAAAUGUGAUCUAACUAAAUUUGAUGAAUUGGAGGCAGUAUUUGAAAAGAGUCAUUUUUUUUCAACGAUGGGCCAACCAUCGUUGGAAAGUGAUGCAACACAAGCUUCCACUUUUCUUAAAAUGACAGCACACCAGGUGCCAUGAUUUCACAGGAUGCUUGAAACUAUUAUUCACAUUACAGUCAAAUAAGGUAGGCCUAUUUCAUAAUAAUUUGGUAGCUUUUUUUGUAAUGUUUGCAAAUGUUGUACAUUACCUUUAAAAGCAAAACGAGACAUAGGUAUGAAUGACAGGAAUGCUGUGAAUGACUUAUUGCGAAACCAGAAAAUGUCCAUUGUGGUUAGACAACUGCUAUAAUGAUCAGUCGACAAGAAAGUGCGCCAUGUGGUUAAAAAGUAUGUUAUGUUUGCGUUGUUAACGCGAUUGACGAAUUGGAAAACUGAAAGUUUAUUUUUGUACCCGUGUCUGACGAGCCCAGCUUGGCUGGCUGAGUCAGAACCUUUUGCUACCUAUCCAUUGUACAUUUUGUUUUUUUACGGAAGAAUUGUUUGGCCCGAGGAAGGUCGUGUAAAUAUAAUUCUUGUUUUCUACGAUAAUUUCCAAGAGAGUUUUAAUAACAACAGAAUAAAUAGCAAGUUUACGUACUCAU